AAAUGUUCGCCGGUGUUGAGCGGGGCCAGUGCUGGUGAGCUAUCCGCCGGAGGUGGGACAGUACGGUAACUGCACUGCGCUGCUGCGUGCCCAGACUCAAAAUGGCGUCAUGGAAGUCUGCUGUGGUGGCCGCCGUUUCUGCCGGCUGUCGCCUUAGCCGGAGCGUGCCAACUGGCGGUGCAACUGCCCGGCUUCUCCAGCCACAUAUUCGAGCCAAGAGCUCGCUGGCCGGCAGCGUCUACCUCAAGGACAUCCCACGCAUCGUAUCGGCCGUACCGGCGUGCCACCAGACUGCAAAGGUCAUCUUCGAGGAUAACAAGACGGCAGAGUUCAAAUACAUCUGGCUGAGAGACAACUGCAAGUGCCCGUCCUGCGUGGAUGUGGACACGCGCCAAAAGCUGCUGGACACGCCUUCGAUCGACUCGAAGAUCAAGCCCAAGGCGCUGCAGAUCGACGAGAACAACCAGCUGGUCAUCACGUGGAGUUCCCGGGACGGCGAGCACGUCUCCCACUUCGACAACUCGUGGCUGUACCGGUACGGACAGUGCUUCAUGCACGACACGUUCAACGCGCCAUCGGUGCUGGAGGAGGACGGGGUACGGCCCCGGCCGCCGCUCACGCUCUGGAACCGCUACAUCAUCCAGAAGCGGCUGCCCGAGGUCGAGUUCGAGGAGUUCGUCGAGUCGGACAACGCUAUGUUCGAGUGGCUGGACAUGUUCUACAAGUACGGAUUCGCCAUGCUGCGCGGAGUGCCCACUGACAGGGAACAGCUAAAGCGCGUGGUGGACCGCUUCGCCUACAUCAAGGAAACGCAGUACGGUGCCACAUGGAGCGUGCGCAUGGACCCGACGCCAGGUGUCCACCUGUUCUCCACCGGGCUGUACCUGCAGCUGCACACCGACAUGAACUACCGCGAGAACUCGCCCGGCAUGCAGCUGCUCCACUGUCUGCAGGCGGAGCAUCCGGACAAGCUGGGACGCGACCCCGGCGGCCAGUCCUUCUUCGUCGACGGGUUCCGCGUGGCCAAGUGGAUGGAGGAGAACGAGCCGUCGGCCUACCACAUCCUCACCUCCACACCCAUCCGCUUCUCUAUCAAGAACAAGGAGAUGCGCUACAGCAACAUGUGGCCCAUCAUCGUGACGAACCCGGAGGGGGACGUCCAGGAGAUACACUACAACAACCGCACGAUGGGACCACUGCAGGCCCCGGACCACGUGGUGGUGCCGUUCUACCACGCCUACAAGCUCUUCUCGCAGCGUAUGCGCGAGGAGAGCCAGCAGCUGGCGUUCCAUCUGAAACCGGGCGACUUGGUGGCCUUCAACAACCGGCGCGUGCUGCACGGCAGGACCGGGUUCGACCCAUCCCGCGUGGUCAGGCACCUGCACGGCUGCUAUGUGGACAUUGACGAGGCUUUCUCCAAGUACGACCACCUACUGUCGAAGAGGCCUUCCCUGUAGAGGGAACCAGCUGCUGGCGAAGAGCCUCUCCCUGUAGAGGGAACCAGCUGAUGGCGAAGAGCCUCUUCUCGUAGAGGGGAACCAGUGAGGGCCCGGACGGGCGCGGCGGGGGAGUGAUGAGCUAGAAGUACAGAGAAGCGUCCCGAAACAUUCUUGUUGGGGACAUAAGGACAAGCUGGGACGUGGAGGUCCCGCGUCCGGCUGCUGGAAUAUGCGUUUUAUGUUAAAACGUGCUAGUGCGAAGUACAUUGUCAAGACUCAAUUUUGGGUGUGGUAAUAGUUCAACGUGAACGUAGUGGUGUCGUGCACAUCAAUCCUGUCUCGGAUGUUCGUGUGCUUGUAACGCACUUUGUGGUGCAUUUCACUGUAUGCUCCUUUUGCGAAAAUGCCACGGUCCCAGUGCCACUGACACUCAGAAUUGGCUGGCUGUUUCGCGUGUGCCCCACGAUGUCUAAUGUCCUCCCACCUUCUGCGCUAGGACGACGCUGUGAGUUAGGGCUGUAUUGAUGUAUAUGUGUAGCAAGCCAUCCCGGUGGCGUUUGUAUGGAAAACGGCAAACCGGCUUCCCCGGUCUCACCGCGAAGCACCAAGCUUUCAUAAUGUGCUUUAAAUUAUGUGCGCAUUUUAGAUGUCAGUCCGUCGUGGAAUCAAGCGUGAGCGUUUGGUCUGCGGCAAGCUCUCGUGUGGUAUGAUAUCUGGUGAAUUAUCUCCGGGUACACUUGCCUAUUAUGCUCCGAAUGCUAAAUGCCGUCUUAGCGAAAGGCGCUUGCGCCAACGCAUUGUCUCCGUAACAUGUCAUAUUUGGGAGCAUUUUCGAAGUGGCAUUCCAAGAAGAAACGUCAAAAAGCUGCUCGAUAUUUGUCUCGGCAUCGCUCUGAUUUUUUAAAAUAAAUCGCGAACUUUCGUUCGCAGGAGGCAUUUGCACGUGCCGUAAUGCAUUUCGAUGACGCGAGAUGAAAUGUGAGGACCUGUAUGAUGUGUCGAUCUGAGCUGCUGGCAGCAUGUAUCCAUGUCCAAAAUUGUGUUGACGGCGUUGGCGCAAAUAUAGACAAGGGUCGAUUG